AGGCAAUGCUCCGACAUGACAGCCCGGAAACACGAGCAAUCGAACUCAACAUGGCCGCCAGCACGUAGCAGGUUCGAAUCCCGCCCCCAAAACCUGAACAAAAGAGCCCGACCAGAGAACGAUUCCAACGCGGCCGCAGGUUCGAAUCUCGUCCUGUAAAACCCUAAUGUAGGUGGCUACACAAAUUCUGAAAAUGCAUGCGAAAUCAGAUUCAGACGUGACGAGCAUACCGCCGCUCUACUUCGUGCAGAGCCCGUCGAGGGAAUCCUCACACGAUGGCGAAAAAAUGUCGUUCCAGUCGACGCCUGUGCUGAGCCCUGCUGCUUCUCCCUCGCAUCACUCCUUCGGUCGUCACUCGCGCACCUCCUCUGCCAGCAGAUUUUCUGGUAAUCUGAAAACCCCGGGAGGUCGCAAGGUCAAUCCCCAGGGGAAGCCCAAUGCCAAAGGGUGGCCUGAGUGCAAUGUGAUUGAAGAAGAAGGCGCCUAUGAUGACGAUGGCUAUGGCUCUAAGAAAGGCAUUUCACGCCGAUGUUAUGUCAUUUUGUUCCUUCUCUGCUUUGCCUUGCUUUUUGCUGUGUUCGCUCUUGCUUUGUGGGGCGCCAGCCGCCCUUUCAAGCCCCAGGUCUCUAUUAAGAGUAUAGUUUUCAGUAACUUUUAUAUGGGAGCGGGAGCCGAUGAAACGGGUGUACCCACGAAGAUGGUGUCGCUCAAUUGCAGCGUGAAAGUGAGUGUGUACAAUCCGGCGACAUUUUUCGGAAUUCAUGUAGAUUCUACUCCAGUGGAUCUGAUCUACAACCAACUGUCUAUUGCCACGGGCCAGUUGCAAGAGUACUACCAGUCAAGAAAGAGCCACCACACUGUGUCCAUAGUGGUGGAAGGGAAGAAGGUUCCUCUGUAUGGGGCAGGUGGGGGCUUCAGCAGUUCUGAAGCAGAUGGUAGCAUUCCUUUGGAACUUGUAUUUGGCAUAAGAUCCAGAGCUUAUGUACUGGGUAAGCUGGUGAAGCCCAAGUUACAAAAAGACAUCCACUGUAAAUUUGUAUUGGAUUCAAACACAUUGAAGCCCAUAAGGUCACUGAAUAAGGCUUGCCAGUAUGAUUGACAUGGUCAGCGGUCAUUAUCAUUGGAUCAUUUGAUUUGGUUCUGCAAGUUUUGGGAAUUGUUGGCAUGGAUCAAUUUUUUUACCAGUUCAAGGCAGGCCAAUUGUAUAUGAUAUCUCACAAACAGGCCUAUUGCUGCAAUGGCAUAUACUGCUCUUAGGAGCAGUUAAGGAUCAGCAAUUUCUAUUAUUUAUUUGUUCUAUUUGAUAAAGCUAUAUAUAAUGGCAGGUCAUGAAUGCCGUGUAAUUGUCACCUAUUCAAGAACAUGGUACAGUUGUUUAUCUUAUUUGCACUUCCUACUAGUUGGGUUUGAUUGUGUAUUGAUUAGAAAACGGGAGCUGCAUCUGGCCAUUGGAUUGGCAAGUAUGCAUUCCUCCAUUCCUGUGUAGUUGAUCUUGCAGUCUGCUAGAGAGGGAAGACAACCUUGCUGUAUGAACCAAGUCCUCUCCUCUCAUUAGUCCCUGCUUUUGGCAGAAGACUUUAUUUUUUAAUGCUUCCAAUUUCUUAUCGGAAACUCAGCAAAUCAAAAAUUAAACUUGUAAUCUAAUGUUGUUGAAUUUUAAUAUUUUUGCAUGGAGAUAA